GCGGGGCCUCGCUCUCUCCCUUUUUUUUCCCGGCACCCCCCGCGGGCGGCUUGUACACAAUCAUCAUGGCCGCCGCCGCGUCUGCCUCCCCCGAUUCGGAGGACGGCGCCGCCGGCAUGGACGCCGAGGAGUCCCAGAACCCGCCCCUGGGGAGCCGGGAGGACGGCCAGCCCGGGCCCGCGCCCGCCCAGGACCCCGCCGCCGCCGCCCAGACGGAGGAGCCCGAGGGGGAGCCCCCGCCCGGGGAGUCGCCUUCUUCGUCCUCUGCCGCCGCCGCCGCCGCCCAGGCCUCGGUCAGCAACGGCGGCGACCCCUCCUCGCCCGGCCCGGAGAAGGAGCUGGUGGAGCUGAAGGUCAUCUGGAACAAGAACAAGUACGACGUCAAGUUCCCGCUGGGCAGCACGGGCGCCGAGCUCAAGGAGAAGAUCCACGCCCUGACCGGCCUUCCUCCCACGAUGCAAAAAGUCAUGUUCAAAGGGCUUUUGCCAGAGGAGAAGACGCUGCGGGAAAUCAAAGUCAUCAACGGCUCCAAAAUCAUGGUGGUGGGUUCCACCAUCAACGACGUCUUGGCGGUCAGCAUACCGAAGGACGCCGCACAGCAGGAGGUGAAGUCGGAAGAGACCAAAAAGGAGCCCCUCUGCAGGCAAAAGCAACAUAGGAAAGUGUUGGAUAAAGGCAAGCCAGAUGACGUGAUGCCUUCAGUCAAAGGUGCACAGGAGCGCCUGCCAACCGUUCCUCUGUCGGGGAUGUAUAACAAGUCUGGCGGGAAAGUGCGGCUCACCUUUAAACUCGAACAAGAUCAGCUCUGGAUUGGUACUAAAGAGAGAACAGAAAAACUGCCCAUGGGGUCCAUCAAGAAUGUGGUGAGCGAACCUAUUGAAGGACACGAAGAAUAUCACAUGAUGGCCUUCCAGCUGGGUCCCACCGAAGCCUCUUACUACUGGGUCUACUGGGUCCCGACUCAAUUCGUCGACGCAAUCAAAGACACGGUGCUGGGGAAAUGGCAGUAUUUUUGAAGGCACGCUCACCUCUGGCACUGGAGACUGACUCGAACCGAAAGGACACUUGCUGGGAGAGGCCUGGUGGAUGUGGGUUGUUGUCCUGGAACUUCUUAAAAUCAGCACGAUCUCGGAGAGGCCCGGGAGGACGCCAGAGGUGGGGAAAAUCUCUCGCCAUUAGCUUAUUUUUAACUUAAAAAUUGCAGCAGCAGCAGCAGCAGCCCUCUUUUUCUGCAGGCGGCUUCCACCCCACUUUAAAAAUAAAAUGAAAAAGCAAGUAUGAUGGAAAUCAAUAAAUCUUAAUUCACAAACCCGUGUGUGUAAUACAGUUUGCUGAGCACAGCCCUUCUGGUGUGUCGUUUUUGACAAGAGACCCCGCUAAGGAAUUUCCUACCAGUCUUGGAGGAGAGGCGGAUCUUUUCACGCUCUCCCCAUUUUACGAACAUUUGGGUUUCUUUUGAGCUGUGUAACUGGGAGCCUGAGGAAUAGGUUUGUUGCUCGCUCGCUCUCUCCUUUUUCCAACACUGCAAGGAAUCUUUUCCAGCAAGGAUGCCAACGUGGGUCUUUCAUAAGCCAUAUCUCUCCCUGGCCCCUGAGUCCCCGGGCGGCUUCUCCUGGCUGCGACCUCCUCUCUGUUAACCCAAAGAUGCUUGGCUCCUUCUUUCAGGACUCAACAGAAGCUCCUCCGCAGGGAAGUUUUGAGCGUCUGGAUUUUCGAGGAGAAUAAUGACGCGGUAGCUUUCUGCCCAAGUGGGCUCUCGCUGACUGCGCUCUGCCCUCUUUUCCCUCUUCUUACGCCCCCCCCGGCACAUCUGUAGUGGGGGGCCGUGCCUUAUGGAGCACUUUUUCCCUAUCUCUGUUACAGUCUGGGCCCCUCUUUGCAGCUGAGCCGAAUCUCGGGUCGGGGACCUCUGCUUUCAGUGCCCAGCGUUCUCCGCAUGCGGCCAUCACCUGGCACCGUCCCGGGCAUCCAUAGCGCCUCUGCGGUGGGCACACCCGGGCAGUUCCAGCCUCUCGUCUCCCUUUCACUUCUUGUUCUGAACUGGUAGAUGGCAAGGCAGGGGAGGUUUGAAGAAGGGGACUUGGCUUUGAACGGCGUAUUGUCCAUGUCGCUUUAUGUGGGCUAGUGGCACUGUCAAAUAUUCAGCAGCCUUCUCGAGAGUGUGGAGUUGCCGUUCGCGUCGGAACUGAAUGUUGGGCGCGGUGGGCUUCUGCCGCACCUCUGAGGGUGCUCAUUCUCUCCUGAGGGAGGCUUCCACCCAGGGGGAGGGCCUCACUUUGUUUUGAGCGGGUGCAGGAAGGAGAGUUUUUCCUCUCGAGGGGGCUCUACCGUGCUCACCCCGCUCGGCUGAGCAGACAAGUAUCCGAUGCACCACCUUGGUCCUCCGCCUGUGCGGAAGCAACAUGGGCAAAAGUUUCCUUCAGAGCAGAGAUGCGUUUUGAGAGAGGAAGAACGUCUGGUAUUGGAAGCCUGGCGUGUGCACGCUCACUGAGCUUGCGAGCGUGGCUGAGAAUUGCGACCAUGCUGAGCCGUGAGUCUUUGUUGGCCAUGAUGAUAGGGGGGAUGCAGGUUGAGGGUGCUGGCUAAUCCCGGGGAGAUACCCUGGGAAAGCAGCACAGAGGGACUAGACUCUUGGCCCUCUUCCUUCCUGUUCCUCGUGGGGCUGUGCCUGACCAUCUUUCCGUCUGGCUGUCUUGUGGGUCAAGUGCGCAGAGAUCGAACAGCCAUGAGUCCUUGCAGUGGCCUUGAGUUCUGUGCGGGCUGGUUUUGUGCCAUUGUUUCUGCAGUGGUUUUGGCUUGAGUAGGAGAAGUGGAUCAGGCAUUUGACCCAUAACUUGCGUUAACGUUGACGGGAUUGCUGGCGCCGUGCAUGUGACUCUUUUGGGGGAGAGUUUUGUGUGUUCCGCCCGUCCGUUGUCAUGAUUCGCUUCGCGGCACUAAGUCCCCUUCAAGCGCUGUUUUAUCUCAGGUUCUCUGGUUUCCCCAGCAGCUGCUGUUGCCAACAGCCUGUUCUUUCCAAGGCCUGAAUCUCACCUGUGCCUAACAGGUCGGGCUGUUCAGCUCUGGAUUUGGGAUGCCACUCGAUGUGAGAGCUGAGAGGGGCCUUCGAGCAGGGGCUGUGCUGGGGGCUCCCCUUCCGGAAGGGAGAGUGCCCGGUUUGGGCAUUGUUGUAACUCAGCUGAAGGAACAAGGAAAUCCUUUCUCUCUUCUGUCUGAAAGGAAAGAGCAUCUUGACUCUCGAGCUGCGCUUCUCCUCUGUUCUGCUUCCUGGAGAGGAAACAACACUCCCCCUCCUCUUUCUCAGGGCGGGGGGAGGAGCAGACCCUCCCCUAAUAGUGUUUACCUGGACACACAUUUUGGGAUUGGGAAGGAAUGUGCAGCAGCACCCCCACCACCCCCACACAGAAUCUGUUCUCCGUUUUUACCCGUGCCUCUGCGUGGACAGAAAACCAAAAGCACUCGGGGGGGCUAGAGGCCAUCUGCUCCAGUUUCUGUACCCUUCAUUUCUGUGACAGUCACCAAACCUGCCCCGGGGGGUACCCUUUCCUCUCCGGGAAGCAGAGCCGGAGGAAUGGACCUCCGCGCCUUUGCUCCAUGCAGUCCUCUGGCAGUGGCGCAGAAGCCCUUCCUAACGGAGGACGCUUUGCCCACCCUUCUCUCAGGACGCGGCUGUUGAAAGCUCAGCACCAAUACGCUGCCUGCUGAGCAUGGGCAAAAGCAGACAAGGGAGCCGUGCCCCCAAAACGCAGCUCUUAAAAUAAGGGGGGGUGGGGGAGGAGACGAGUUCUCUGUUGUGCCGUGUGCCCUGCGGACAGUUCCAAGCAGGUGCUGCGGAGGCCGGAAGGCUUCGCAUUCGAGGCGGAGCUUUGCCUGUAAUGGUGUGCCAGUGCGGGAUGUGGGCUUCCCUUCGGCAAGGGGGACGGCUCAGGCACUGACGCUUCGGGUCGCCUUUUGGCCUCCCAUUUCUGCUUGGGGGGGCGGCGUCUAGGGCUAGGGGCGUAAUUCCUAGGGGCAAGCAUCACUUUUUCUCCUUCGGAACCAGCAGCACUUUCUUGAGUCCCCAGCCUUCACCAAGGCACAGCCGUGUUUCAAGAAAUCCCAUAGCGCCACCCCAUAAUCUCUGAGAGGCCCUGGACAUUCCAGCCUGCCAAACAGAAGGAUUCCUGUCAACUAGGAAGUUAGGUAGUGGGGCCCAAGGUGAGCUGGCGCCCCCUUGAACGAGCAAGGUGAAAGAAUUAGUGACUCUGGGCUUGUGCGGGGUGCGUUUUCCGCCGCCUAGCAGGCGUUCAGACAGCUGGACCAGGGACUUUUGUAGCACAAGAGGGGGGAGGGGGGAAAGGUGUGCGCCUUGGAUCCUGGCCAGAAACCCCUCGCGGUGUGUCUCGAAGCCGACUCGGAAGGCCGGGGCUUAGAAAAGGUUCUUUCUUAGCAGACGAGGACAGACUGCAAAGUUGUUCCUGGUGACGUUUUCGAGGUGCCUGGUUCAGAGGGACUGGAGCCCCGAUGCUCUUCUUAAGAACUGGCUCUUCCAGCUAGCUGCGGGGUGUCACGGAAGCCUGGUCUCCCCCUGCAACACCAUUCUCCUCUUGCUGAGCGACUCUUGGACUCCGGGGUCCGUAGAGCGGCAUCCCCUGGCUGACCUGUGGGGGGGAAGGUGGGCAUUCCUUUGAGGGAUAUCCUGCGCUGCCUUCUGGUUCAGGGGGCCACAGACAGCAGAUGGGGUAGGAGUGUGUCUCCCCCACCCCGACAGCAGAGAAAGGGCUUCCGUAGAAACAGGGAGCCAUCUGUGCUUUCCAGCCUCGGAAACGCCUGCAUCUCCUUCUCUUCCCCCCCCACCCCCCGCUGGCCUCGGCCUGCCCCGUCUUCUGUCCUUGGGGCAGGACCCUGGGCCCUCUGUAGCAUCCCAGGUGCCAAGAUCAGUCGGCCUUCUGCAUCCCACGGACGGAGUGCCAAGUUCCCAGCAGAACAGCCCCUUUCAGGUUGCUUCAGGCAACACCGCUUUGCCUCCGUUUCUUCCUCACUGAAACAGGUUUCCGUGAGCUGGUCUCUAGCUUGCGUGCGCGUCCCAUUUAAAGAGCAUGUGUGCUUCCCCUCCCCCCCCCAACAGGAAAUACAUAUGGGGGGGGUGGCUCGUCCCUAGACUGAGGUUGUUUUAGGAUUCUGAGCAAGCGGGAGGUGUACGACCAAGCAGCCGGCAUCCCUCUGCCAGUUGUGUGCAGCCACGUGUUUCGAACCCUGGCCUGACUGUUGGAACAGCACCCUUGGAGGCUGCCGGUAGGAGCAGGGGCUGUCCCUCAACUCCCAGGGGCACCCUCUGCUGUCGGGCCCCGUCACUGAGCUGAUUCUAGGCCCCCUUCCAGGCGGAAGCCUCUCGGUGCCCAGAGAGAGAACGCUGGCAUGAGGGAAACUGCCCUGAAGUGGGUGCCUGGGAACCCCAGGCCGUUUGCCCAGAUCUUGUUCCCGUUAGCAAGCUGCCCUUUGUCUUCCCGGCUUCUGCAGGCCAGGGACCAAGGGCUGAUUUCCUGCAACCUCUCUCUUCCUCAAAGGUGCCAUAUUUCACUUGUGUUUCCUGGUUCUCAGGCUUGGAGCAGAGAAAAAGAACCCUCACAAACACACACACACACACACGGCCCUGUGCACAGCAGCCGGGGUGUUGCAAGAUCAACUUGCAAGGCAGCCCUCCCUUAUUUCAACCCACCCACCCACCCCCGUCCACGUUG